AUGUCGGAGAAGCUGACUGAGCCUGAGAUUGCCGUGACCAGCGGUGCUUUGAUGGGCGAAGAAGCUGCUCCAGACUCUGCUAUCACUCACCUCAAGCACCUGAAGGAGCAGCACCACUGGGACCCAAACCUGCCUGACGACGUGAUCGAUGAAAUCGACGACGCUCUUCACCAUACUGCUGGCAACGAUGUGGUCGCCACUGCCAAUGACCUGAUGAGCGACUCUCCCUACCCUGAAGUCCGCGCUGCCGUCCCUAACUACGAUGAGGGCGGUCAUACAAACACUAUUCGCGCUUGGGUCAUCGGCCUCGUCUUUGCCACCCUCGGGUCUGGUCUGAAUAUGUUGUUCUCUUUACGCCAGCCCUGGAUCUCCCUUCCCUCUUUCGUUGCUCAGGUUGCCGCCUACCCCGUGGGCGUUUUCUGGGCUGCGGUGAUGCCCAAUAGAGAAUUCCAACUGUUUGGGGUCAAAUGGAAUCUCAACCCCGGUCCUUUCAGCAAGAAAGAACACACUCUGAUUGUCAUCAUGGCCAACGCUACAUUCGCUGGUGGCGCCGCAUACGCAACAGACGUUUUAGUGGCACAGCGUGCCUUCUACAAACAGAAUUUCGGCUGGGCAUUCGAGCUCCUCAUGUGCAUUUCGUCUCAGAUGCUGGGCUUCGGUCUUGCUGGAUUCUUCCACCAUUUUCUGGUGACUCCUGCUGCGAUGAUUUGGCCUUCGACACUUAUCAACUGCGCCAUGUUCAGUGCCCUCCAUGACCGAACUAAACCUGACCCUACCAAGGUAGCCGGCUGGACCAUUGGCAAGUACCGCGUGUUUCUCUUUUGCAUGAUUGGGUCGUUUGUAUGGUACUGGUUUCCAGGCUAUAUUGCACCUUUCUUAAGUGUCUUCGCCUUCGUUACCUGGAUCAAGCCCCAGAAUGUCAUUAUCAACCAGCUGUUUGGUGGCACGACUGGAAUGUCCUUAAUCCCGAUCACUUUCGACUGGACUCGCAUCUCCGGCUUCUAUGUCUCCCCGCUCAUGACUCCCUGGUUCGGCAUCGCUAACACGAUGAUUGGGAUGUUUUUAUUCUUCUGGAUCGUCGCCCCUGCUAUCCACUUUUCUGGUGGCUGGUACGCCAAGUUCCUUCCCUUCAGCGACCCAAACAGUUACGACAACAGGGGCAUGGAAUACAACGUAACACGCAUUCUCAAUGCCGAUUUUGAGUUCGAUGAGCACAAAUACAAGAGUUAUUCCCCCCUUUUCCUAUCUACGACUUUUGCUUUGUGCUACGGACUCUCGUUCGCUUCCGUCAUCGCGGUCCUUGUCCACGUCGUCCUCUUCCAUGGAAAAGAAGUCUGGGCCCGCUUCCGUAAAUUCGGAAACGAGGAAGAAGAUGUCCAUGGUCAUCUCAUGUCGCGGUUCAACCCCGUUCCCAUGUGGUGGUAUACGGCCGUCACCUUGGUCAUGACCGGCAUGAGCCUCGGUGUCGUCCUCGGCUGGCCGACACACCUGUCCUGGUGGGCUUUUUUCCUGUCCCUCAUUAUUUCCAUUGUUUGGUUCAUCCCCAUCGGGAUUGUCGCUGCGUCUAGCAAUGUUCAAAUAGGACUCAAUGUCAUCACUGAAUUCCUCGUUGGCUACUUGCAACCUGGUAAACCCAUGGCCAUGAUGCUUUUCAAAACCUAUGGAUACAUUACGAUGAACCAAGGUCUUUCCUUCUGUUCGGAUAUGAAAAUCGGCCACUACAUGAAACUCCCCCCUCGUGUGACCUUUGCCGCCCAAAUGGUCUCCUGCCUCUGGUCGUCCAUCGUCCAGAUAUGCGUGAUGAACUGGGCUCUUGGAUCCAUCCCCCAUAUUUGCGAAAAAAACCAGCCUAGUUCUUUUAGUUGUCCCAACGGCCGUGUCUUUUUCAACUCCUCGAUCAUCUGGGGUGUGAUUGGUCCUAGCCGCAUGUUCUCUGGCAUCUACAGUCCGCUGUUAUACUUUUACAUCAUCGGUCUCGUUCUUCCUGUCCUUAUCUAUAUUGGGGCACGGAUGUUUCCCAGAAGCCCAAUCCGCUACCUCAACGCACCCAUCAUCUUUGGCGGUACCGGCAGCAUCCCACCGGCCACACCGCUUAACUACCUUAGCUGGGGCAUCGUCGGCUUCGUAUUCAACAAGUUCAUCCGAGACCGCUGGCGUGGCUGGUGGAUGCAAUACAACUAUGUCCUGUCGGCCAGCUUGGAUGUUGGUCUGAUGCUGUGCAAUAUCUUCAUGUUCCUGGCUCUUACCUUGCCUGGCAUCAACUUUCCUUCCUGGUGGGGAACCAGAAUCGCUGCCAACACCAUGGAUGCUAUGGGUACUGCUAUCCAGCAGCCCUUGGCGAAUGGCCAGACGUUCGGGCCUUCUGAAUGGUGA